GCAGGGGGGCGGGGCGGGGGCGGGGCCGCGGCGCGGGCGGCGCAGGUGCCGGGCCGGGAGCGAGCGGCGGCGGCGGCGGCGGCACCAUGGGCCGGGCCCGGCGCUUCCAGUGGCCGCUGCUGCUGCUGUGGGCGGCCGCGGCGGCGCCAGGGGCGGGACAAGAAGUACAGACGGAGAACGUGACGGUGGCCGAGGGCGGGGUGGCGGAGAUCACCUGCCGCCUGCACCAGUACGAUGGGUCCAUCGUUGUCAUUCAAAACCCGGCCCGCCAGACCCUCUUCUUCAACGGCACCCGCGCCCUGAAGGAUGAGCGUUUCCAGCUUGAGGAGUUCUCCCCUCGCAGGGUGCGGAUCCGGCUCUCAGACGCCCGCCUGGAAGACGAGGGAGGCUACUUCUGCCAGCUCUACACCGAGGACACCCACCACCAGAUCGCCACGCUCACCGUGCUGGUGGCCCCGGAGAACCCCGUGGUGGAAGUGCGGGAGCAGGCGGUGGAGGGCGGCGAGGUGGAGCUCAGCUGCCUGGUCCCGCGGUCCCGCCCGGUUGCCGUUCUGCGCUGGUACCGGGACCGCAAAGAGCUGAAAGGUGUGAGCAGCAGCAGGGAGAAUGGCAAGGUGUGGAGCGUGGCGAGCACCGUGAGGUUCCGCGUGGACCGCAAGGACGACGGCGACAUCGUCAUCUGCGAGGCGCAGAACCAGGCGCUGCCCUCGGGGCACAUCAAGCAGACGCAGUACGUGCUGGACGUGCAGUACUCCCCCACGGCCCGGAUCCAUGCCUCGCAAGCUGUGGUGAGGGAGGGGGACACCCUGAUGCUGACGUGUGCUGUCACGGGAAACCCCAGGCCAAAUCAGAUCCGCUGGAGCCGCGGGAACGAGUCUUUGCCGGAGCGGGCCGAGGCGUUCGGGGAGACGCUGACGCUGCACGGCCUGGUAUCCGCAGAUAAUGGCACCUACUCUUGCGAGGCGUCGAACAAGCACGGCCACGCGAGGGCGCUCUAUGUGCUCGUGGUCUACGACCCCGGUGCGGUGGUAGAGGCUCAGACUUCCGUGCCCUACGCCAUUGUGGGCGGCAUCCUGGCGCUACUGGUGUUUCUGAUCAUUUGCGUGCUGGUGGGCAUGGUCUGGUGCUCGGUCCGGCAGAAAGGCUCCUACCUGACCCACGAGGCCAGUGGUCUGGACGAGCAGGGAGAAGCGAGAGAAGCCUUCCUCAACGGCAGCGACGGACACAAGAGGAAAGAAGAAUUCUUCAUCUGACCCCGUCUCUACCCCAGGCCUGGCCUGGGCGAGGGGCCACCCCACUGCCAGCUGCAAAGACAUUGACCAGAGUCUGAGAUGGUGGGCAUCUCUCCCCGCCACUAACACCUCAGACGUUUGGGCAGGGAUGGGGGUGUCAAAUGCCUGGGUCUCUGCGAGGGCCAGAAGCAAGGUCCCAGGGGCCUGGGGUCCCCCGGGGGGGAGGGGCCAAAGGUCCAGAUCCCCCAAGUCCAGGGAGGGCGGUAGGGAUCGGGUUAGGGAAAGAUAACUGGGGGAAGGCCAGGGCCCCUAAGCUGCAGAACCAGGUCAUGUGGGGGAGGGGAUCAGAUUUUGGGAAGGGUGGGGUGGGCAGGGCAGGGAAACACAGAAUUCUUUGGGGGUCCGAGACCCCAUGCCAGCCAUUGUAGGAGCUCCUUAGAGCUCUGGGCACCUCUUUGCAAAGCCAUGUUUGCACGGUGGGGGUAAGGGUGGGGGGGAGGGUGUGGAAACGGAUUCUGUGUCUUUGUGUCAUAACGUUGAUGGAGGUGAGGGAGACAGCCCCGGCCCUUUUCCCCAAUCCCCCUUCCCCAGGUCCCAGCUUCCCUUCCCUCUACCUUCUCCCCCCACAUCUGUCCUAUCUCUACUUGUCUCUGUCCACCCACUCCUGGGGGGCCUCCCCCAGCUCUCCUCCAGGCGCCCCCCCAGGGAGGGGCAAAGGAGUGUAGGGAGGGUGUUGGUCUCUAUGGUUUUAUAUAUAAUAUAUUAAAAAAAUAAAAAAUCUGUAUGAAAUAUCAGAUUAUGCCCUCCUCCCCCAUUCCUGGCUUUUGCCCCCUUUUUCUUGUUUAAAAAAAGACAAAACAAAACAAAACACCACCACACAACAUUUUUGUAUGGGGCAGGGAGGGGAAUGGGAAGGGGGUUUGGCAAUCCCACUAACCACCAUUAAACUGAGGAGAGAACA